AUGGCUGAUUUGUUCAGAGAAGACGCAAAGGCCCCUUUGUGCUUUCAAAGCUCUUCUACCCUAGCUUUUCAUACAUGGGUUAGUAAAAAUUUGAGUCGGUCUUAUCCUACAAGUGAAGUGAGGAAUAAUACUGUGAAGUGGUCAGACUGGAUUGACAGACUUCUCCCGAGGCCUGGAGACCACUGGAAAAAGGCCGGAAUUUACAAUGCCAUCCUCCUGUCCAAACACUCUGUGAACAUGGAUGAGAAUUUGUUGGCUACUGCUCUCUGCUUUUGGAAUUCUGCCAGCAAUACCUUCAACUUUCGCGUGGGUCCUAUGGCCCCAACUCUGCUGGAUAUGGCUAAGAUUUUCGGGUUUAGACCUCACGGAAGGCUUGCUGAUGCUGUUGGCGAUUAUCACAGAGGGAAGAAUUGCGAGAGGCUAGUGAAGAAGUUCACCAUUCCUCCUACCACGAUCAACCAGAACUGCUCAUUUUCCAAUUAUCUGAAAAAGUUCAGCAUUGAGCAGGAUAGGGAUCAACAACAUAUGCUGUUUCUUCUAUACUGGUUGAACAGGUUUGUCUUCCCAAACCGUUCGUCAGCAGUUCUGCUUGAGUAUCGUCAUUUGGCAGAAGCUCUGCAUAAUCACACUGAUGUGGGGCUUGGUCCCACAGUUCUGGCUCACCUGUACAAGAACCUUCAUAGUGCCACCUUGGAGAGCCCCCUGAAUAUCUCUGCUCCGGGCGCCUUUUGGAUGAUCCAGAUAUGGCUGCAGGUUUAUUUCCCAGAAUUGAGGUUUCCAUAUAUAGUUCUGCCUGAGGAUCAGGUCAUGGCCCUUCCUCUGAUGUCGGCAGAAGUGCCCAAGCGUUCUAUUGAAGAAUACCUGAUGUUCUUUAGGCACUGCACUAAGAGGUCUGCUGUUCAGUGGCAAGUGGUGCUUAGAAGAACCUAUCCUUGGUUUCAGCCUGGAUACAAGCCUGAGGAUGAAGAGGCCGAAACCUUUUUUAGGCAAAAGUUCAUGAGUGUAAUGCUGCCUCGGGACCUGCCUUUUGGUGGGGGAAAACCUCAUAACUAUCACCUGGGUGGAGAGGUCUACCAUCCUAACUUCUGUGCAAGGUAG